UGCUCCCUCCCUCCUCCCUUCUCCCUCCCCUGGGCCCUGCUCCCUGCCCUCCUGGGCAGCCAGGGCAGCGAGGACGGCACCAAGGGAGCUGCCCCAUGGACAGGGCCCCACAGAGACACCACCGAGCCUCAAGGGAGCUGCUGGCUGCAAAGAAGACCCACACCUCACAAAUUGAAGUGAUCCCGUGCAAAAUCUGUGGGGACAAGUCAUCUGGGAUCCACUAUGGGGUUAUCACCUGUGAGGGGUGCAAGGGUUUCUUUCGCCGGAGCCAGCAGUGUAACGUGGCCUACUCCUGCACCCGGCAGCAGAACUGCCCUAUCGACCGCACCAGCCGCAACCGAUGCCAGCACUGCCGCCUGCAGAAAUGCCUGGCCCUGGGCAUGUCCCGAGAUGCUGUCAAGUUCGGCCGCAUGUCCAAGAAACAGAGGGACAGCUUGCAUGCAGAAGUACAGAAGCAGCUACAGCAGCAGCAGCUGCAGCUGCAACAGGAACAAGUGGCGAAGAUACCCCCAGCAGGGGGCCGUGGAGCCGAUGCCCUCACCUGCACCUUGGGGCUCCCUGAUGGGCAGCUGCCCCUGGGUUCCUCACCUGACCUGCCGGAGGCCUCUGCCUGUCCUCCUGGCCUCCUGAGAGCCUCAGGCUCUGGGCUGUUGUAUUCUCACACCUCAGCCAAAGUGGAGCUCAGUGGGGCCCCCUACCACCUGGAGUACAGCCCAGAGAGGGGCAAGGCUGAGGGUGCAGAGAGUGCCUGUAGCACAGGCAGCCAGCUGACCCCUGGCAGAUGUGGACUUCAUUUUGAGGGACCCAAGCAACCUGGGCUUGGGGAGCCAGGACAGGGCCCAGACAACUACUGCAGUCCCAGUUUCUGCAGCACCCCAGAGGCACCAUAUGCCUCCCUGACAGAGAUUGAACACCUUGUGCAGAACGUCUGCAAGUCCUACCGAGAGACGUGCCAGCUGCGACUGGAGGACUUGCUACGGCAGCGCUCCAACCUCUUCUCCCGAGAGGAGGUGACCAGCUACCAGAGGAAGUCCAUGUGGGAGAUGUGGGAGCGCUGUGCCCACCACCUCACCGAGGCCAUUCAGUACGUGGUGGAGUUUGCCAAGCGGCUGUCAGGCUUCAUGGAGCUCUGCCAGAAUGACCAGAUCGUCCUACUAAAAGCAGGAGCAAUGGAAGUUGUGCUGGUUAGGAUGUGCCGCGCCUACAAUGCUGACAACCAUACAGUCUUUUUUGAAGGCAAAUACGGUGGCGUGGAGCUGUUCCGAGCCUUGGGCUGCAGUGAGCUCAUCAGCUCCAUCUUUGACUUCUCCCACUCCCUGAGUGCCUUGCGUUUUUCCGAGGACGAGAUCGCCCUUUACACAGCUCUGGUUCUCAUCAACGCCAGCCGACCAGGGCUCCAGGAAAAGAGGAAAGUAGAACAGCUGCAGUACAAUCUGGAACUGGCCUUCCACCACCAUCUCUGCAAGACUCAUCGCCAAGGUGUCCUGGCAAAGCUGCCGCCCAAAGGGAAGCUGCGGAGCCUGUGCAGCCAGCAUGUAGAAAAGCUGCACGUCUUCCAGCACCUCCACCCCAUCGUGGUCCAAGCCGCCUUCCCACCGCUCUACAAGGAACUCUUCAGCACUGAAAUCGAGUCCCCCGAGGGGCUGUCCAAGUGACCUGGAGGAGGGAUGCUUUUCUUCUUUCCUCAGCACUCUGGCGACCUCCCAGGACCUUGUUCCACCCUCAGCCCAUCUUUAUCUCUUCCCUAAACUU